AUGACCGACAACAUCGACGCUCUCCUCGACUUCAGCGAGUACGACAACGUCUCGUACCAGUCUCCCUCCCUGUCUCCCGCUGCCACCGCAAAGAACACCUUCUCUCGCCCAUCAGUCAGCUCCGUCGCGACACCAACUCUGCCUUCCGCAUCACAGCCUCUCACCGGCCCGAGCCAUCAGUAUGAGUUGUACAAGCAGCAGACCGGCAUCGUCCCCGGUGCCCUCGCAAACACCCUGGCCGUGAACGAGGCCAACCCCCAGAUCACUGGCUACAACGGUGGAUUCAGCCUGGACUACCUCCACGGUGGAAUGAGCCCCGAGAACGACCUGUUUGACUUCAACACCUCUCCUUCCCAGAACUCCACUGGCUUGGAUAUGGACAUGGAAUUCGACUCUCCUCCCGAGUCCCAGUUCUUCUUCCCCAACUCUACCGUCAACCCCACUGCCAUCGGCGGACAGGAGUCGCCUGUUGUCCCCUCCCAGCAGGGCAACGUCGGCAGACUCUGGCCCGGCAUGCACUCUCAGGCCGCUCUCGCCAAGGCCCAGGCCCAGCAGAGGCAACAGCAGCAGAUCAUCCAGCAGCAGCAGCAGCGCCAACAGAUGGGCCAGCAGAAGCAGCGCACCAAGAGCCAGCAGCCUACCGACCCCAUCGUCGAGCAGAAGAUCACCCAGCUCCUCAACUCUAUGCGUGCUAAGCCCGCUUCCGACGACGGCAACCCGGCCCCUCUCAUGAACCUGCCCCGCCCCAAGAAGGAUGAGGAGGACAUGGACGAGGACGAGAGGCUGCUCGCCAGCGAGGAGGGCAAGAAGCUCAGCAGCAAGGAGCGUCGCCAGCUCCGCAACAAGGUCUCCGCCCGCGCCUUCCGUUCCCGCAGAAAGGAAUACAUCACCCAGCUCGAGGCCGAGAUUGCCAACAAGGUCACCGAGAACGGCGACCUCCGCGCCCACAACCGUGCCCUGGCCGACGAGAACAAGCGUCUCCAGGACCUUACCCGCAUGCUCCUGUCUUCUCCCUCAUUCUCCAACUUUCUUGACCACCUGAGCACCAACCCCCAGGCUGUUCCCCAGCAGCCCGCCCCCGCCGUCAAGGUUGAGAGACAGCCCGAGCAGCGCCAGAUCCCCAAGGACGUCAACCCCUACAACAACCAGCAGCAGCAGAUUGGCAUGGCUAUGAUCCCUGAGCAGAACAUGGACUUCUCCAUGCUCCAGAUGGAGAACGCCGACUUCAACUACCAGCCCCAGGUCUUCACCGUCCAGACUCCCGAGGCCCCUGUCUCUAUCGACACCGAGGUUCUCUCCGGCAAGUCUUCCAACUUUGUCGGCGAGCACUUCGAGUCCGAUGAUGAGAAGAUUGAGCUCCCCGCCAUCGAGGCUCCCAAGUCCCUGGCUCCUGAGGUCAGCGCCCCGGCUGCCGUCGCUGAGGAGGUCUUCGACGACGAGUUCGAGAACGACCCCGAGUUUGCUCUCUACCACUCUGCCCCUGCCCCCGCUACCGAAGGACCCAUCGAACUGGACACCGAGGCUUUCUCCCACGUCGAGAUCUUCGGUGGUGUCGAGAGCGAGAAGGUCCUUGCCCGCUACGAGCUCGUGGAUGCUUCGGAAGAGGAGCAAAAUGCCUGUGUCGCCAUGGCCAAGGUGCAACGCAUCGCCGCCAGCCUCGAGCCUGUCCUCGCGAGAUUAGAGUCUCUCUGCCUCUAA